CAACCUACUACGCCCGUCACCGCCUCCGGGGCGCAACAUUCGAUAUCAAGUCCGCCGAGAAGCUUUCGGCCGAAGACAAGUUGCUUGAAAUCGAACAUCUUCCUCGACCCCCCCGGCUUGGAAUUUGCAGCCGUCCACUCCUUUGAAUAUCGCCCCCCCAUGCAUUCUUCUUGCCCAUAAGGAUUCAAAAUGGACUCGGAAGACGGCGAGUUUUUCGUCAAGCAACUGGCUAGCUUUGUGCGAACACACGAAAAGGCACUUGCCAACGCGCUUCAGUUUAGGAGGCAGAACACACCACGCCAUGGCGCGUCGCACAGUGUGUCGUCUAUCUCGACAGGGGCUGUACCACCAUCCCCAUCGGUACCCGAAAGACCCGCAACGUCUGCCUCGACAUCGAGCACGCUCGCCGCCGCCCUCUCACUCGGAACCCUAAACUUCACGUCGCACACCGUUAAGUCGGCAAAGUUGGCCCUAACACCACACCAUCUGUUUUAUUUGCUUUCCCGCUUCGAGGAUUUGGGGAUUCCUGUCGGGCCUAUGAAAGUACGCCUCGAGAACCUGCACGAUAGCACCACGUCGGCGAACUAUGUUUCCUUCCUCGGCCAAUCGCAGCGUUCCAAGAGCCGCGGUUCCGAUGUCGGCUCGAUCCGUUCCGUCUCGAGCAUCAGGAGCGUGGUGUCAAGCAUGUCUGCGCUGUGGUCCAGCUUCGGGCUCGGCUCCAGCAUAUCUGCCGCCCGGACUGAGAAGCAAAAGGCUGCUCUCCAAGCCGACCUGAAAUACCUGUAUUCAGCCUUCACCAAGAUCCCGUGCUUGAGGUUGGCGCCAGAUUGGCGAGCCCGGCUUAUCAAGGGUUACGAGGAGUUCCCAUUCGACUCGGCGGUGCCGUUGUAUGUGUUCAAGAACGUGCAGGCGCUCGAGGUUAGCGACAUCGACUUCCGGCAGUUUUUCGGGUGGGACAGGCUUGCAGACCAGCUACGAUCCCUUACGCUCAAGCGUGCCAGCAUCGACGACCCAGCGGAUGUUUUGAUUGAUAUCGUGUUAGACGACAUGGAUAAAAGACGUCGUCGAACAUCCAAAGGGCAUGCCUCACCCACACGGCCGUGGCCUGGGGCUUCGAGUCCUCGAAGAAGCCCGACAGGGUCCAAUAGUGAUCUUCACAGGUCGGCGCCCAUCCCGGGCUCCUCUCCCGAACCACGGAGGUCGACAAUGGACUUGCAGGUUGGAUCACUCAAUAGUGAAGUCGGAGCCGACGGAUCGAGUGGGCCGGAUAGCCGGAGACCAUCCGUCGCCAGGAUCGAUGGCGAUGAGCCAGCCUCGCCUCCCAAGGACGAUACCCGAACGCGGAGCCAUUCCCCUCGGCGUCCGGGUAGUUCCAGGCACCAAUCGACCAACGUGCGCGGUUCCUACAAAAUCCGACGGUCGGGGUCUGGUAGCUCUCAUUCGAGCCUCUCUGACUCGUGGCAGCAUAACUCACGCGGCAGUUCUUCGAACCUCUUGGGCAUGGGCAUCCUUCCGGCUUCCAAGUGGCGCUUCCUCAAGCAUCUGAGUUUGGCCGACAACUCGCUAACCGCGAUCCCCGCAGGGAGUCUAAAUCCCCUCGCCAAUACUCUCAAUUCGCUCGACCUUUCUUCGAACUUGUUCACACAGAUUCCCGACAGCCUAGCGACUCUCACAGCGCUCCGCGCUUUGAAUUUGGCUCAUUGCAUGAUUGAUUCGCUGCACUCUCUUACGCGCAAUCCGCUACCGGCAAUUAGCGCUCUCAACCUGCGAGCCAAUCGCUUGCACUCCCUUGCAGGCAUCGAGAGGCUCUUGCCGCUCGAGAGGCUGGAUCUGCGAGACAAUCGUCUGGCUGACCCGAUGGAAUUGGCCCGGCUAACCGGGAUUCCGGAAAUGCGCGAGAUCUAUGUGGAAGGCAACCCAUUUACGCGCACCCAUCGCGACUAUCGUAUCACCAUCUUCAACCUGUUCCGCCAGACACCUGGAUACACGGAUGAUAUCACGAUCGAUGGUACGGGGCCGACAUACGCGGAGAAGCGGUAUCUGGUAGAGCGAGCCGAAAUCCCUCCCGCCGUACCCGUAGUCAAGCCGGAGACUCCGGAGAUGCCUGCUGUCGACGUGAGCAGACCAACCAUCAUCUACGAUGCGCCUCCCAAAGAGCCCGCGGUUCUACGAAAAGACCGGCCGCUACCAAAGACGGCCGCUACCGAGGUUAACACCAGCUCCACACGACGUCGCAGGGCGCCCAAACGCCGUAUAGUCGAUCUCGCUACCAACGAUAGCCCUAUACCGUAUGCGCGCCCCGUUGACUCCCAUGCGGCUGUUGUCAACAAUACACCGAAGUUGCAGAAUCACUACCGCACCUCGCAGCCACCCGAGACCCACGAGGCACCCCGGAAUACUUUUGUUGAAAGUCCCGUCCCAAACAUGGUGGAAGCAUCUCGGGAAGUUCCUAGGAUCGACACCAAUGUCGUCCCUCAAUUGCCCGCCAUCUUUGGGUCCCCGGGAGGCCACCUCGACUGGGAUGUCGAGGGCGAAAUUUACCGCCAAAAGAUUGAGGAUCUCCGUAAUAAGGUCGGAAACGGCUACCUGAGCGUCCUCAGCGAGGAGAGUUGGGACCCUGCUUCUCACCCGCCAGACUACCACCAGGCACCCGACUUUGGCGCUACCUCUCCAUCUCUCCACUCAGACCCAACGAUGCCCCGGCCGAACCUGCAGGCCAUCCCGAGCGGUGGAACGUUCGCUUAACGAGCAGUAUUACCACUCGCUCAUUUUAUCCAUGAUACCCCUUGGUUUGUUUGCGUUGGCUGGCUGGAAUUGGGAAUAAAUAACGACGAGCGACGAACGGACGGACGGACGGCUAAUGAAAUGGACUGCGUUGGAUCGGAAAUACCCAUCUUUUCUUCCCCUGCGCAUUCUAUUUCUUAUGCAG